UGUAAGAAGCUUGCUUUAGAGCUUUAGAGAGAGACAGAAAAAACCGACUCAGGUUUUCUCUCUUUCUUUUGCUUCCCUUCUCUCUCAAACACAGACACAGAGAGGAAAAACCGUCUUCAUGCAGUGCUUAAAUUAGCAAAGGAAGUUAAAGUCCACAGGAUUCUUGAUAUCAAAAGGUAUUGCUUGCAUACCAAAGUUGUCAUGGAAGAUUUUCAGCUGAGUUGAUAGUAAAGGAAUCAUCUGUCUACCAAUUCAAAAAAAAGAAGAAGAAGUCAUGAGUAAGAGUAGUCAUCAGUUGGGAUCUAUUAGUAGUUCUGAUCUUAUUGAUGCAAAGCUUGAAGAGCACCAAUUGUGUGGAUCUAAGCAGUGUCCUGGGUGUGGACACAAACUUGAAGGAAAGCCGGACUGGGUAGGUCUACCAGCAGGAGUAAAGUUUGACCCAACAGAUCAAGAAUUGAUUGAACACCUUGAAGCAAAAGUACUGGCUAAAGAAUCAAAAUCCCACCCUUUGAUUGAUGAGUUCAUUCCUACUAUUGAAGGAGAAGAUGGGAUUUGCUAUACUCAUCCUGAGAAACUUCCAGGUGUUACAAGGGAUGGACUAAGUAGACAUUUCUUCCACAGACCAUCAAAGGCAUACACAACAGGCACAAGAAAAAGAAGGAAAAUCCAAACAGAAUGUCAAGACUUGCAAGCUGCAGGUGGCGAAACUCGUUGGCACAAGACAGGCAAGACAAGGCCAGUAAUGGUGAAUGGGAAGCAAAAGGGGUGCAAGAAAAUUCUUGUCCUCUACACAAACUUUGGCAAGAACCGGAAACCCGAGAAGACAAAUUGGGUAAUGCAUCAAUACCAUUUAGGCCAACAUGAAGAAGAAAAAGAAGGUGAACUUGUGGUGUCAAAGAUAUUCUAUCAGACUCAGCCAAGGCAAUGUAAUUGGAGUAACACUACUACUAGCACUACUGCUGGUGGAGAAGCGAGCAGUGAUCUUAAUAGCAGAAGAGAUAGUGGCAGUGGGAGCUGUUCUUCAUCUAAGGACAUCAAUAAUAAUAUCCCUUCUUCUCAUAGGGAUGAAUUGUCUGCUGCUGUUUGUGCUGCUAUGUCAAGUUACACUACUAUGGAUAUUCAACAAUUCAAACCUGAACAUUUUAGCUUUCUCCCAUUUAGUAAAAGCUUUGAUGAGGCAGGCGUUGUAGUAGGUGAAGCUUCAAUUGCGAGGGAAGGUGGUUCGGCAGCAGCAGCAGCUGCACCGGUAGGCACGUCAGACGCGCGAGACAUUCACAAGCCACAUCAUGUAACUCAUGACCAACAGCUGCACCAGCACCAGCACCAGCAUCAACACCAUCAUCAGGUUGCAACCGCAUCAUUCCACAUCAGCAGGCCGUCACCCCCAAUAUCAGCCAUUAUAACUCCGCCUCCUCUCCAUAACACUUCCAUUAUUCUCGGCCAUGAUGAUGCCUUCCAUGUUCCCAGAUCAAUAAUCCUUCCAAAUGAAAACUUUCAGCAACAGCAGCAGCAACAACAGCAACAACAUCAUAAACUAGAAGGAAGGUCUGCAUCUGAAUUGGAACAAUUAAUAAUGGGCUGCACUUCUACUGAUAUCAAAGGAGAUCAGUCAUCCAUCACAAACCCUCAAGAUGCUGACUGGUUGAAGUACUCACACUUCUGGCCUGACCCUGACAACCCCGAUCAUCAUACCUAGGAGCAUAAAUUCUCAAACUAUAAAUACAGGAAAAGCCAACUCCCACAUAUAUAUAUCAUCAUUAGUACUUCAAGCCUUGUUGAAGUUUCCAGAAAUAAGUGACCAAUUCAACUAUAUAUAUGCUUCUUUUCUCCCUUUCUUUUUCAACUGAAUGCUGACCAAAGCUACUCAGAUCUGAUAGCUGAACUGAACUAACAGUUCAACAACCAAUGUUGGAAAAGCCCAGAAAGUUACAAGAAGAAGCAAGGAGUAAAGGGAAGAGACUAAGAAAGGCUGCUCUCUUCUGACAAAAUACAAGAGCCAAAGCGAAUGCAUCUGCAUGAAAAUCAUCACCACUAUGAUUACGAUAUCAUCUUUAUUUCCCUUUCUUAUUAUUUGAUUAUUUUUUAUUGUUUUUAUCUUUUUUCUUAUAUAAUUUUUUUUAAACAUGAAACACCAUAGGAAUAUCUGUGCAAAGUGCACACCGAGCUUUGUUAAUUAUGCCUAUGGACAGUCACUUUUUAGAGUAGUAUACUUUCUUUUUUGGGGUACAACAUAUUUCCCCUAAUAGAAAUGAAAUGUGAUGUUGAUUCUGUAUUCC